AUGCGUCUUAGCUUUAGAAUUGGUUUUUACUUUACCGCACUGGCUGCCACAGCUAGCUCUGCAUUUGCAGACGACGACACUAUCAAGGACUAUGUACCCUGCGACACCCAGGACAAUAUAGCCUGCGUCGAUGACUUCCACUACAUGAUAUGCGAUCAUGGUUACUGGAGGGCCUCCCGCGAAGUCCCUGAAGACACUUUCUGCCUCAACGGCAUCAUCGUAAAUGGUGAUGCUGUUCCUCGCUCAUUGAUUACCUUCCUUUCAAAUGACAGUGUGUAUUCACAGGUAAUUCCUAGCGAUGGUGAAAUAAUCAGCACUACUCCUGUUGGUGAGGAGACCAUCGUUGGGAGUGAAAAUAGCUCUACAAUAGCAUCUGAUGAUGGUGGCUCAAACCCUACAAGUUCGUCUGAAGAUAGUAGUGUAAAUAAUGAAAACUCUGAUUAUUCAAGCUCAUCCGAAACCUGUGAUUCUUCAGAAGUCCAGAUUGAAACCAUCACUACUGAGAGUUGUGACGAUGAUAGCUCUGAUGACACGUCAAGCUCUUGCGAGAGCUCAAAUGCCACAACAGAUGGCACUGAUGGCACUAAUGCCACGUCAAGCUCUUGCGAGAGCUCAGAUGGCACUGAUGGCACUGAUGGCGCUUCGUCUACUGAUGGCACUGAUGGCACUGAUGGUGCCUCGUCUACUGAUGGCACUGAUGGCACUGGUGGCACUGAUGGCGCCUCGUCUACUGAUGGCACUGAUGGGACUGGUGGCACUGAUGGCGCCUCGUCUACUGAUGGCACUGAUGGCACUGGUGGCACUGAUGGCGCCUCGUCUACUGAUGGCACUGAUGGGACUGGUGGCACUGAUGGCGCCUCGUCUACUGAUGGCACUGAUGGCACUGGUGGCACUGAUGGCGCCUCGUCUACUGAUGGCACUGAUGGCACUGAUGGCGCCUCGUCUACUGAUGGCACUGAUGGCACUGAUGGCACUGAUGGCGCCUCGUCUACUGAUGGCACUGAUGGCACUGAUGGCGCCUCGUCUACUGAUGACACUGAUGGCACUGAUGGCGCCUCGUCUACUAAACCUGCUGCAAGCAGUGACUCUUCUGUCUCUGGAGACAACUCUAUAAUUUCCAGUGACACAAAUGACAGCGUGGCAUUGACAGGAAUUGAGAAUGCCACCAGCAAUAAUUCCGAAACUAGCAUUGAGAGUAAGCCCGCCGAUAUUUACCAAGGCCUUAACGAAAAGAGUACCACUAAUUCGGCCAACAGUCUGCUUAGCACCUGGGGCAAUGAAUACAGCGUGUGCGCGUCUCUUUUGUCUGCUGUUGUUCUUUCUAUUUUUAUUUCUUCCGCUUAG